UCUCCAACGUGAACGUAUCUGAAAUUUGAAAGUAGUUGCAAGUGAAAAGUUCUACAUACAAAAAUGUUCUUCUUUAGUUUCUGGUGGCUGCUAGCUGUUUGUGGAUGCACUUUUGCCUAUAUAGAAAUACCGGAGGCCUAUCUAGCUGCUAUAAGGCAGGAUCGGGCUGAUGAUCAGUCGGCGGGCGAGUACAACUACGAUAAUCAGGGUGAUGAUUGGACGGGAACUUGCCAAACUGGGGAAAGCCAGUCGCCCAUAGAUUUGAUUUUUGACGAUGCCAAAAUUGUGUCCAUUCCCCGCCUGCGUUUCAACUACUACGAUCAGCCAUUGCAAACGCCCCUCGUUAUUGUAAAUAAUGGACACACAGCGAACAUGGUUAUUCCUUUAACCCAAAGAGGCCAGCGAGCCUCUAUCAAUGGCAGUCUUUUGCCCGGGACCUUUGAGGCCCAGAGUGUUCACUUCCAUUGGGGAUACUAUCAUACCAAGGGAUCGGAACAUGCCAUAAACUUCGAGCGUUACGAUGUGGAAAUGCAUAUUGUACAUAAGAACACCAUAUACGAUACGAUGGGCGAGGCAACUCAGCAUCCCGAUGGUCUCGCUGUUUUGGGCGUAAUGUUCAGGGCUGUGAAUCGUCAAAGCUCACAGCAUUAUGGACUUAACAAGAUCUUCAACCAGCUGCCAAGAAUCGUGCAGUAUAAUACCAAUGCAACGAUAAUGGGAAGACUGACCGUUGGCCAGUUGUUGGGAAACAUUGUGACAGGAGAGUUCUUCACUUACAAUGGAUCUCUGACCACACCGGAUUGUGCCGAAUCUGUCACCUGGACUGUUUUUCCCGAUGUUCUUGACUAUCCAUACCGUCAGAUCGCAAGACUCUGGAAUCUAAAGGACUCGCGACAAAAACCUCUGGUCGACAACUAUCGCAGCCUUCAGGAUAUCAAUAAUAGAGAAGUCUAUUACCGAACUAUUUAAUAAAUAAAUACAUAUAUCAAGUUUCUGGUCAAAUUUCUGAAAAU